AUGGCCCAUAGUCAUUACCAACAGUAUAGCCCGACUUCCUGGGGUACAAAUCAAUUCCAAUUCGGCGCUCCUCCAGUCCCAACUUUUCACCCUCAAUCGUCGUGGGGAGGGGUUGACUUUUAUCGUGCUCAUGCUCCGAGCUCCGAUACAUCUCUCUUCGAUCAUGCUUGGAAUAGAGUGAGAAAUUAUCAUGAUUAUGACUCUCUUGGCGUCGGUGUGCAUGAAGCCCGUCAUUGGCACAGUCGCGCAUACGGUGGAAUGGGGGACCUUGCGCAAAUGUUGCCACAGGAAAUCGGCCACGCUGCAGCCUACGAAGCCUACCGUACAUGGAUCCACAACACGAACAUGUACGAACCACUUAGUGGCGAUCGAGAGCGCCAAAGAGAGGGCAUGAUUGGGCUUGCUGUCGCAGAAGCUACUAGAUUGUUGCAAUUCUCUCCUCGAGGCAUGGAUCCUUACACGCGACAAGAAGCCGCCGAGGCAGCUGCAGCUACUGCUUCCGAACUUUAUUACUGGAGUCGUGACCGACAUGAAGCCGACUUCAGAGGCCGUUCUCUUCGAGGCUCUCAUCGAGGAUCAUAUGACGACGACUAUGAUCCAUACGCCUAUGACACAGAUAUCAUGUCCUCCCGACGGGGUCGAUCUCGUUCCCGCUACCGAUCACAUUCGCGUUCGUCUUCAUACCGUCGUUCGACAGGCAUACCCGGCUCUGCAUUGAGCUACGGCGGUUAUGCUGGAUCUCAUCCAAAUCAAUAUGCCAUGAGCAGCUCUCCCUACGUGCCGACUACCACAGCGCCGAUGGUCAUGGGAUCCUCUUACUAUUCUAACGGCUAUGGCAGCGGAUACACAGUCCGCCCUCGGAGUUCUAGCAUGGGUUAUAACUACUACCCUCAAACCCAGUACGUGACUUCAGGAGGGAUGGUUCAUGUGCCGUCCAGUCAUGGAUCGAACCAACUUGUUGUCUACACUAAACCCAGGAAGAAGCACAGUUGGUACCGCUCCCGUAGCAAGCACAGGCGCUCCAGAAGCCGCUCGUGGUCCAGAUGA